AAUAGAAUUGUUCUGUUCUGAAAAAUAAACUUUGGGUAUAAAAUCGCUAGCAUUCGGCCAGGACGAAGGACAGAAGCUGCACACACCCUCCCCCCUCCCUUCCUUUUUAUAUUGUACUGUAGAGAGCUUGACCAGUCUAUUCCCAGCCUUUAAUUGCUAAUAUUAUCUUAUUUCACUCUAUUGAAUUGUAAUCUUCCAUCUAUUUUUCGUUCGCUUAUUGUUUGUUUAUCGCAGCUGCCCAAUACACACCCACCUCUCCCAGCCACAAUAUGGGCAAGAAUUUCCAGGCCUACUUUGUGGGCGCUGUCUCCGCCCUCGGCGGGUUCCUCUUCGGCUACGACAUUGGCGUCAUGUCCUCGAUUCUCGAGAUGGAGUACUGGAAAGUCUACUUCAAUAGGCCAUCGUCCGUCGAAGUCGGCGUCAUUGUCUCUCUUCUCACAGCCGGAUGCUUUGUCGGUUCGCUGGCAGCCGGCUGGAUCGCUGACAAGUUCUCGCGCAAGCGCACCAUCAUGGCCUCCUCGCUCGUAUUCUGCCUGGGCGCGGCAAUCCAGUGUGGCUCGCGCAACCGCGGCAUGCUGAUCGCCGGGCGCUUUGUCGCCGGCCUCGCCGUCGGCUGCCUCUCCAUGACCGUCCCCGUUUUUCAGUCUGAAAUCGCACCAGCACACAUUCGCGGCCGCCUCGUCUCGCUGCAGCAGUGGGCCAUCACCUGGGGCCUGCUUAUUGCCUUCUGGAUCGACUACGGCUGCCACUUUAUUGACAGCGAUGCCUCGUGGCGCAUCCCCAUGGGUAUCCAGAUUGUGCCUGCGCUUAUUCUCUUUGUCGCCAUGUUCUUCAUCCCGUACUCUCCGCGCUGGCUGGUCGACCAUGACCAGGCCGAGAAGGCCCACCAAGUGCUUGCGCGCCUGCGCGCCAACGGCGACAUCAACGCGCCCGAAGUCCUUGCUGAGCUCGAGGAGAUCAAAGAAGCUGUGCGCGUUGAGCGCGAAACUGCCGUGCGCAGCUACAUGGACCUUCUGCGUUUCCCCAUCCGCCGCCGCAUCAUUUUGGGCGUGGCCAUCCAGGCGCUGCAGCAGCUGACAGGCAUCAACGUGAUCAUGUACUACGCUACCAGUAUUUUCAAGCAGUCCGGCUUGACUGGCGACAACGCGUCGCUGAUUGCUCAAGGCGUCAACGGGGUUGUCAACAUGCUGGCCACUGUGCCAGCCAUCCUGUGGAUUGACCGCUGGGGCCGCCGCAAGACGCUGAUUUUUGGCGCAUUGGGCUGCGGCCUGACGUACUUUAUCAAGGCUGUGGCAACUGGUGCCACGCAGCACAAGACCUACGAUGAGGAUGGCUCGCUCAACCUUAACUUGCCCAAGGGUGCUUCCUACCUGGCCAUUGUUAUGAUGUAUCUCUUCGUUGUCUCUUUUGCUAUGUCCUGGGGCCCCAUUGGUUGGAUCUACCCGUCCGAGAUUUUCCCCAUGCAUAUGCGGUCAAAGGCUAACUCCAUUACCACGGCGUCCAACUGGCUUUUCAACUUUGUCAUUGGACUUGUUGCGCCCAUUUUGAUCAAGAAGAUCACUUGGGGGUUGGACCUUAUCUUUGCCAUCAUUAUGUUUGCGUCUGUGGGUAUUAUUUACCUGUUCUUCCCCGAGACCAAGAACCGCUCGUUGGAGGAGAUGGAGGUUAUCUUUACAGGGUCCGCUUGGGCGCAUAAGGAUCGCAAGCGUAUUGAUGAGUAUGAUAUUACUGUUCAGCAUAAUAUUGAUGCAAAGGUGGCUGACAAGUCGUAAACUAUUAAUCUU